AUGGAGGAGAUGAUGCUGAGCAUGCCGUCGCAACUGACGCGAAAGCUAGAGCAGAUGAAAGUGGGCAGCCCGGCGGCGACCGAUGCAUCAGAGAGAGAAGAGGAGGGGCCGAGCUCGAUCCGCACGCUGAUGAGUCUCGUCGCGUACUCGAUCACCAACGACCUCCCCCUCCCCGCCUUCCUCGUCUCCCUCACCGACCUCCAUCUCCCCAACAUCCGCAAAUCUAUCCGUCCAUCCUGGGACACUUACUUCACCUCGCUCGCUAAUCUCGCCUCGCUCAGAAGUAACUGCAUGAAACGCAGAGUCGGCGCCGUCCUCGUCACCGUCGACAAGCGCGUCCUCAGCACGGGCUACAACGGCACCCCUCGCGGAAUGGUCAAUUGUAACGAGGGAGGAUGCGGGCGAUGCAAUGGCAAGAACUACGCGCCGGGCCGGCUGACCUCGCGCGACAAAGUAGUAGCCGGAUGCGGAGAGAACCUGGAAGAGUGUUUGUGUUUGCAUGCGGAGGAGAAUGCGUUACUGGAAGCCGGCCGGGACCGGAUCACGAACUCGACUCUCUAUUGCAACACAUGCCCUUGCUUGAGAUGCUCGAUCAAGAUCGUCCAGUGCGGCGUCAAGGAAGUCAUCUACUCCCAGUCCUACUCCAUGGACCAACAGGCACAGAAGAUCUUCCUGGAGGCCGGCAUCAAGCUCCGCCAAUUCCAUUGA